AGGGAAGUGUGAUGUGGCUGUGAAGAUAUCACAAUGUCUGCCAUCUUUAAUUUUCAGAGUUUGUUAACGGUUAUUCUUCUGCUAAUAUGCACAUGUGCUUACAUCAGAGCUCUGUUUCCCAAUCUACUGGACAAAAAUAAAACUGGAAUACUUGGCAUAUUUUGGAAGUGCGCAAGGAUUGGUGAACGAAAAAGUCCAUAUGUUGCUGUAUGCUGUGUGGUGAUGGCCUUUAGCAUUCUAUUUAUUCAAUAGCCUAAUAAGUAUCCAGUGAUGAUUUUUCUGUUUUUUAAUCAGAAAAGCGUUUUGUCAUCAUGCAAAAUUUAUGUAAAGAAACAAAAAUGUAUGGUUUUGUGCUCUGAAUAGUCAAG